AUGACCGGCACGACUACAGAGGCAAUCCGGGAUGUUCUGAUCCCCCCUGGAGAUGAAGAACAUGGAGAAGAAGAAUCAAAACCCAGACCCAAAAUUUUUAUGCCAAACUUGAUUCCUCUGAAAAUUCCAGAUGGAGAAAAAGUAGAUUUUGAUGACAUCCACAGAAAACGCAUGGAAAAGGAUCUUACAGAACUUCAGACACUUAUUGUAGCUCACUUUGAGAAUCGCAAAAAGGAGGAAGAAGAACUUUUGGCUUUGUCUGAUCGCAUGGAAAAAAGAAGAGCAGAACGAGCAGAACAGUUAAGGAUUCGAACAGAGAGAGAGAAGGAAAGGCAGGCCAGAGUAGCUGAAGAACGUGCUCGGAAGGAAGACGAGGAAAAUCGGAAAAGAGCAGAAGAAGAUGUCAAGAAAAAGAAGGCAUUUUCGAAUAUGCUCCACUUUGGAGGCUACCUUCAAAAAACAGAAAGAAGAGGAGGGAAAAAACAGACAGAGAGGGAAAAGAAAAAAAAGAUUUUAACUGAGAGAAGACAACCUCUUAACAUUGAGAAUAUGAAUCAAGAAAAACUGAAGGCAGAAGCUCAGUCUCUGUUUGACCGGAUAUAUCAACUGGAGGCUGAGAAAUUUGACUUUCAAGAAAAUUUCAAAAGGCAGAAGUAUGAGAUUAAUGUUCUGAUAAAUCGAGUCACUGACCACCAGAAGGUUAAAAGCGCUAAGGUUCCCAGAUCUGGCAAAGGAAUUCUAGGAGGAAGGUGGAAAUGAUCUGGAACA